AAGGAGAGAGGAGAGUGUUGUGCGGGAGGGCGAGAUAGAGGGAGAUGCAGGCAGUGGCCUAGAUGUGCGAAUAGCCAAGAGUUGCUCUUUCUGGUUCACUGGAUGGAGGCUGUUCUCGCGCAGGGAGGACUAUAGAAAAUAUGAGGUUUUACGUGGUUUGUUGAAGGCUACACAGUGAAACGUCACUUUUUCCAGCACGUGUUUUCGUUCAUUCGUGUUCUGUAUUUUUAUGUGGCCUACUUUAUGUGUGUUUUGGGGAGAAAUGGGUCAAUAAUUUCGAGGCGCGCAAGCAGUAGCGCACAGUCCCACACACUGCCGCGCGUUAUGGCUCUCUCUGUCAAACAUGGUGUAUGAAAAUGCACUGAACCUUUCACAUUUACACAUUGUGAAUAUAUAGUUCACGCCGCUCCCUUCGUCCACCCUGUGUGAUGACGAUGGAAGUGGAAGCUGACAGCGGCAGAGGUAUAUCAAGGAGCGCUCAUGAUAAAUGCCCGCGGGCGGUGGAGCGCAACGGCUAUGUGAAAACAUGUGUCACCCCUCUGUAUCAGGACGCGGGCUGCCAGUCGUGGCUGAGACUCGCAGACAUAUGGAGUUCCCUGAGACUUUCGUCCGCGGUGUGUGUGGGCUCUGUUUCGGUUAUUCUUGCUUUGCUGGUCAGAUUGGUGGACUGGGACGUGGAGCAGCAGAGUUGCAGCAGUAACAGCAAGAAUAACGGCGAGUCUGGUUCUCUACUUCAUUUCGUGGCGACCUGUGUGGUGGAACUGUUGUUGAACGUUUGGUACCUCGUGUCCCCCGUCUUCACUCUCGUAUGUGCCUUCUUUUGGGUUGGCUUGUACCUGAUCCGCUGCGGGGUGCUGAUCCGGACCGCGGUGUUCCUGUUGGCAGUGUGUCACUUCGGCGAAGCCGCGGCGCAGUCUCUCCUGCACGGUGCGGAGGACCAGUUGUUGUCUUUCACCGCCACGGUGGUGGUUCUAUCCUGUCUAGCCGUCGGGGCGCUGAUGGUGGUCAGACUCGGACAGGGGGUUUCUGUCAUCGUCUUCAUCAGUAUCAUCAGAACUGUGUCUCUCAUCUCCCUCAACAAGAUCCGGGCCAGCUGGAGACCCUACCUGGCGUACCUGGUAGGAGUGCUGGGGGUCCUGCUAGCGAGGUAUGCUGACCGGCUCCUGACGGGCUCAGUGCCACUCGGGGCGGGUUGUAGCUACGUGACAGCGGGGAAGGAAGAGAAUAUCAUUCCCGUGUUUAAAAGGCGACGAAGGUCCAGUUCAGUGGUCUCUUCAGACAUGGCGCACAGUCACAGCAACAGCAAGUCCCACCGAAGGACGUCGCUCCCAUGCAUUCCACGGGAACAGAUGAUCUCACAGACUGAAUGGGACCACAAGAGGGGUGCCCGGGGAUCCCAGUCGUCGGGUACCGGUGUGGUGGUGGACAUAGCGGUGAUGGGGGAAGCCCAUGGAUUGAUCUCAGACCUGCUGGCAGACCCCUCUCUGCCCCCCAACACCUGCAGUUCCCUGCGGGCUGUCAGUAACCUGCUCAGUACCCAGAUCAGUUUGCAGCCGCUGCACCGGCCGCGAAUCAACCCUCUGCAGGCACUCAGCGACACACACACCUGCUCCGACUCCGAGGACUGGCCAGAGAGAGAGAAAUUGGCCAUCCCAAAGCGUCUGAGACGGAGCCUGCCUCCAGGCCUGCUGAGAAGGAUCUCCUCUACAUGGACCACCACCACCUCAGCUACAGGUCUUCCCACCAUAGAACCAGGACCUGUACGCAGAGACCGCUCUGCCAGCAUCAAACCCCUCCACGACAGUCCGCCAUGCAGCAUGGUGAACAGUGAGUCGUGGAACAGCUCUGUAAUGCUCACCAUCUCAAAGAGUCGCUCCAUGUCUGCCUCCUACUCCGCUUCAGCCACCUCCAACCACCUCUACAACAGACGCAUGACCAGACCAGGUUACCCCCCCUCCAAUAUAUCUCCUCUGGCCUCUCCCUGCCACUCCCCUCCGGUCCAGGGGACCCCUGUCUCCAGCCCCACCACCAAGUCCUGCUCUGUGGACCUACCGGACCCUGUGGACAGCCAGGGAGAGAGGCCUGUGGACCCCCAGGUCCCACACAGAGCAUUAACACACAGCAUCAGUGCACCUAGCUCCACCACACCGCACUGGGGGCCACCAUCCCUCUGCAUCAGCUGUGGCAGACCGUACAGCAGGCUGAGCCAUGGGGAGGGAUCUAUGGACAAAGGGGAUAGAAUACCCCACCCUGAUGACCCGGCAGUGGCGUCGUCAGACUGUGAGAGCACCUACGAGACCAACCACAGUGACAGCAGUGACUUUGCACAGAACGAGGAGGACGUGGAGGGGGCCAAGAAGCCCUCGGACACCCAGGACGGAUGCAGGUCGUACCAGCCUGAGGGCAUCGUCCUGCAACCCCUAAUGCCACCUCUAGAGGACACACAGCCUAUCCUGGACUCAGAGCCUCUGGUGAUGUCAGAGCUGGAUCCUCUGAUGACUCAACUCAACAGCUGGAACUUCCCCAUCUUCAACCUGGUGGAGAAAACACAUGGCCGCUCAGGAUGCAUCCUCAGCCAGGUUUCCUACCGCCUGUUUGAGGACACGGGACUGUUUGAGACGUUCAAGAUUCCUGUCAAGGAGUUCAUGAACUAUUUCCAUGCUCUGGAGAACGGAUACAGGGACAUCCCAUACCACAACAGGAUCCAUGCCACUGACGUGCUCCAUGCCGUGUGGUACCUCACCACCCAGGCCGUGCCAGGCUUGCCCAAUCUCCUCACAGACCACAGCUCUGACUCUGACUCUGACAGUGGGCUCCUCACCCCCAGCCAUAUAGGCCAUACAGGAUUCCUGGUCUCUAAGAUGUCUGCGGUGAUGGAGGAGGGUUAUGGAUGUCUGUCUGGCCUCAUCCCAUCCCUGGAGCUCAUGGCUCUGUAUGUGGCUGCAGCCAUGCACGACUACGACCACCCUGGACGGACCAACGCCUUCCUCGUGGCGACUAGCGCUCCUCAGGCCGUGCUAUAUAACGACCGCUCGGUGUUAGAGAACCAUCACGCUGCGUCGGCCUGGAACCUGUUCAUGUCCCGGCCAGAGUACAACUUCCUGGGCAACCUGGAGCAUGUGGAGUUCAAACGCUUCCGCUUCCUGGUCAUCGAGGCCAUCCUCGCCACCGACCUCAAGAAACACUUUGACUUCCUGGCAGAGUUCAACGCCAAGGUGGGUGAUGAUGGCUGCUCGGGCAUCGACUGGUCCAAUGAGAACGACCGGUUGCUGGUGUGUCAGAUGUGCAUCAAACUGGCGGACAUCAACGGCCCACUGAAACACAAGGACUUGCAUCUACAGUGGACCGAGGGCAUCGUCAAUGAGUUCUAUGAACAGGGCGAUGAGGAGUCGAGUCUGGGCCUUCCCAUCAGCCCCUUCAUGGACCGCUCUGCGCCUCAGCUCGCCAAGCUCCAGGAGUCCUUCAUCACGCACAUCGUGGGGCCGCUCUGUUCCUCCUACGACUCUGCCGCCCUCAUGCCGGGGAACUGGGUCGACCCCGCCGACACACGGAGGACGGAGGGAGAGGAGGUGGGGGAACGAGAGACAGAGGAGGAAGAGGAGGAUACAGCAGAGGAGGAUGCGUCGACUAGCUCUGAGAGUUCCCAGAAGCACGUGGUGAAGCUUAAGAAGAGCAGGAGGAGAGUGUUCUGUCCCAUCACUCAGCACCUUCUGGACAACCACGAAAUGUGGACAAGAGUCAUCGCCUCGGAAACCCGGGACACACCGGACAGAGAGGCGCCUAACUGCCUCAGCAACCCCGCCGAGCCAAUCACAGCCAUCCACGAGGAGGAGGAUGAGCCAGCCAGUAAGGAGGAGCCAAUAGAUGGCCAGGUAGAGGUGACAGAAGGGGAAGAGAUGGGGCUUGCAGAGGAAGAGGAAGUGGUCGAGCAAUCGGAGACUGCAGAGAAAAGGGAGGAGUUGGAGUGAGAGGAUUAUAGUUGACCCUAAGAUCAGUUUAUCCAAACUCAUACCCUCUCCCAAAUAGACUUUCUGACUCAUGUCAGAAAUUAUACCCUAUUCCUCAUGUGGUGCACUAGCUGGCCAAAAAUAGUGCACUAUACAGGGAUUGGGGUGUUGUUUGAGACGCAGACCCUGAUAUUUGGUUGCCAGCAAAUCACUUAGACACAACACUGUAGAAGUUUGGAGUAACAUGUGCCUAAAGAAAACAAGGGAGGGAGCGGAAGCUGAGCAUGAGGUGGGAUUUAUUGUUUUACUACUAUAUUGGAUCAGGUUUCCAUUUCAGAAUCCCUCUCCCUGACGAGGUGCCACGCAACGCAAUACGGGCCCACAGAACACUGACCCCACUGCCAGCCGGCCAUACAAGUGGUCCGCAUCCACCUGACCGCCCUCACAGAACCAGGGUGUACAACGUGGACUGUACUGAAUAGACAGUACAAACACUAGCUCCUGAGGACAAUGAGAUGAAAGUGCGGGAAAAAGCUGUGUCCGCUCUGUGUUGGUUCUCAGGAGAGGACUGAGGACUAGGGAGAGGAGGGCCAGUGUUGAUACAGAGUGUGCUCACACACACGCAUGGAGGCAAACACACACACACACACACACACACACACACACACACACACACACACACACACACACACACACACAAACCCAUC